UGUUUUGUCAUUAGCGGAUAGAAGAGAGGGGGGGUACGCAGCAAACGAAGGGUGUCUUGUCUGUGUUUUUGUGUGUUGUGUGUGGGGUUUUUUUCCUUCUCCGUACCAGCCACAGCCAACCAGCUGCAAAAUUGCCACAUUAGCAAAACAGUUGGUGUGAAAACUUUCGCCCGACCGACUCGACUCGACGGCCGCGGACCUUCAUUUCUUUCCCUGCGCACAGCCAAGUUCCGAUGCACCACCACCAACACCACCACCACCGAGCCGAGGUAAAUCUAAGAACGUAAAUAUUUACGGUGUUUUGUGAGGAGAAGGUCGCGUGUAAGAAAAAUCCAAUGGCGCAAUGAGUGUGGCGGGAGGGGGCCCCUCCUCAUCCCCCCCAAGUAUCAGCUGGAUGGACGGAUGUUGUGAAGGGAAAGGAAAGAGAGCAUCUAGCACUGGUAGUGAUUGUGCCCAUUUAGAAAGCCCCCUUCGAGAUCACAGUAUGGCCGCCUCGCUGGAUACGGUACAAUCCGGUUUCCGCAGUCGACGAGUGAUGAUAUCACCCCGCAAGAAAGAAGUGACGGCGGCGGUUUUAAAGUGAAGCUAUAGUGAAGUCUAAUCUUGCUUGCAGCAUCGCAUCGCGCAGCAAAACCCACCACCAAAACACACACCCAUCGAAGUGGGCCGUGUUUCCAGGGUGUGUAUCUAUGUAUGUGUGUGUGUGUGUGCGGGUACGAUUCCCUUUAUUUUGGUAGCCCUUUUGGGUCGAGUGGGUCGAGCAGCCCCGUGCCACCGAUCGCGCUAAAAAGGCUUAUCAAAUUUGCACAGUGCUGCACACUCUCUCGCACCCACUGGCGGUGUCUCUAUUGUCUCGGUACGAUCGGUGUGACAAAACCAAUACCAGCAAAGCAAGCACAACACAAGUUUUGCGCGAAGCUUGUGUGUGCCGCCAGCGCCCGUACAGCGCAUCCGCCGCAAAUCUGAGAAGACCACGGAUACUACUAGCAAGGAACAAGAAGCCGUUUUAUAAUCUGUCCAGUUCUAAACAGUCCAGUGUACGAGGAGGAAUAGACACGCGGUUGGCCUGGAAGUGUUUUUGACGUUGAUGUUUUGUUAGUUGCAAACGGUUGAACGAAUUUCAAAGUAACUAAGCAAAGGCGCAGCAAAAAUGGCAGACGAGUUCGAUGCGUGCGAAUGCUUCUGGAGCCAUGAGCUCGCUAUGAGACGGUUGAUGUCGCUGCUCCGUCAAGGACAGUCGUACUGCAACGAUAACGAAUGCACCGAUCUUCCCAGUCUCCCGAAUGUAACCGGUGGCGCAAACUUUUUCCUAAUCGUCAUGGCACUGAUUUUUGUGGCCGUUAUGUACGUCCUGAGACCCUCGUCCAUGCGACGAUCGAACGACCUGAACAAGUCGCUGCCGCCUCCAUCGAACGAUGGUCCGAAUAAUGAUGGUGGUGCACCACCGUCGAUAUCCUGAAGGGAGCACACGUUCAGCGGCCAAUGAAAAGCACAACCCCGAACCUGAGCAUUUGCUGCCUGUUUCCACUCCCCCAUCCCAAACGACACUGCGCGGUGGUGGCUGGAGGUGUAUGUACGGUUCCGGACGAAUGUCGCAUCGCAUUUCCCGCUCUCCGCUUCUCUUCUAGACAAUUUUACAACACAUGGAAAACGCACGUUCGGGGGCACGUUCCUUUUUUACCACAAAAAACACAAACGACAACCCGUGCGCACACACACCCCUCCCGGAAGCGUUUCAAUGAUCCAAUCUGUAUUCUUUCUUCCAAUACAUCACUAAUAUAGUUCAAAUGUAACGUUUUGGUUGCACCUUCCCACUUCUUUGUUCAACCACCGGCCAAAAGCUGUGUUAAGCAAUUCAAAGUAAAUUCCUUCUCUCCAACCCAUCCCAACACCCCACAUCGCUUCGCCCCGGUCUCCUAGAGGCUGUGCGCGAGCAGAUAAUGCAUAUUGUGAUUACUUUUUUUGUACUUGUCGUCUUAUAUGUCAUAGCCCUGUAUUGUCAACCGUUAUUGUGCGUGCAAAUAUUGUUUUGUUGUUUUCUUUUUUCAUUAACUUUUGUUUUAUCCCUGAUUAAGCUGCAAUAAAAUGAAUUGUACAAUUCAAACUGCUACUGUGCAACACAUCUCCCCGCUGCCCCGUAUUAACCGUGCUUUGAGCACGAUUGUUGGGGGCAGUUUGGGAAUAUAUAUAGGACAAGUGACACAAACACAAGGAUACAUGUUUUCUCCGGCGCUGCAUCGGUAGUGCAGUGCGUUCCUAGGCACUAAUGAAGGAGUAACUACUAUUGAUGGAUUGAUUGAUGUUUUGAGUGUAUUUACAUGAUACUAGAUGCAUGAGUAGUAUAAUUGUACCAACAGUUUUCUUCCUCCCCAAAGCGCGUACAUUGAGCCACAGACACACAAGCAAGCUCAUACUAGACAGGAUAGUUAAUGCCCAAUUGGUACAAAAGACACGCGAGGGUAGCUGGAUAGCCAGGUCCAGCCUGCGAUAAAUGUUCUGUCUCAAAAAGGGAAAUAAAAUUCAAAAUCUUAAUCACAAUUAGUACACUAA